GCCGCGCCCGACACUGCCCCGGCCGCUCGCCCCGCUCCUUGUCCUGCUCCUGCUCCCGGCCUCGCCAAAGUUUUUUUUCCCUUUCCUCGUUUCGGAGCUUUUUGGUUUUCUUGUUUUUUGUAAUUUUUUUGUUUAGCGUUUUUGUGCUGAGGAGAAGUAAUAAAAAGUUUUUUGCCAACUUCUCGCGGUUCUUCCCCCUCUCUGCGCAGCCGGUGGAGACUUUGUUUCUCCGAGUUUUUACUUUUUUAACCCAUCCCUGCCCCUUAGCGCCUUUUUAAUUUUUUUUUUAUUAUUAAUUUUUUUUUUCGCCCCCUUGUUCUCCCUCGGCCACUUUCUCGCAUGAAUCUCCUCGACCCUUUCAUGAAAAUGACAGAAGAACAGGACAAAUGUAUCUCCGACGCCCCCAGCCCCACCAUGUCGGAUGACUCCGCCGGGUCCCCCUGCCCCUCCGGAUCCGGCUCGGACACGGAGAACACCAGACCCCAAGAGAACACCUUCCCCAAGGGCGACCCGGACCUGAAGAAGGAGAACGACGAGGACAAGUUCCCGGUGUGCAUCCGGGAGGCGGUGAGCCAGGUGCUGAAGGGCUACGACUGGACCCUGGUGCCGAUGCCGGUGCGGGUGAACGGCUCCAGCAAGAACAAGCCGCACGUCAAGAGACCCAUGAACGCCUUCAUGGUGUGGGCGCAGGCGGCCCGCAGGAAGCUGGCGGAUCAAUACCCGCAUCUGCACAACGCCGAGCUCAGCAAGACCCUGGGCAAGCUCUGGAGGCUGCUGAACGAGAGCGAGAAGCGCCCGUUCGUGGAGGAGGCCGAGCGGCUGCGGGUGCAGCACAAGAAGGACCACCCCGACUACAAGUACCAGCCCCGGCGGAGGAAGUCGGUGAAGAACGGGCAGGCGGAGCAGGAGGAGGGCGCGGAGCAGACCCACAUCUCCCCCAACGCCAUCUUCAAGGCGCUGCAGGCGGACUCGCCGCAGUCCUCCUCCAGCAUCAGCGAGGUGCACUCGCCCGGGGAGCACUCGGGCCAGUCCCAGGGUCCCCCCACGCCACCCACCACCCCCAAGACGGACCCUCAGCCCGGCAAGCAGGACCUGAAGCGCGAGGGCCGCGCGCUGGGCGAGGGCGGCCGGCAGCCGCCGCACAUCGACUUCCGCGACGUGGACAUCGGCGAGCUCAGCAGCGACGUCAUCUCCAACAUCGAGACCUUCGACGUCAACGAGUUCGACCAGUACCUGCCGCCCAACGGGCACCCGGGCCAGCCCGGCCAGGUCACCUACACGGGCACCUACGGCAUCAGCGGCGCCGCCGGCGUCUGGAUGUCCAAGCAGCAGCAGCAGCAGCCGCCGGUGCUGAGCGCCGAGCAGGGCCCGCAGCAGCAGCAGCAGCAGCAAAGGACGCACAUCAAGACGGAGCAGCUGAGCCCCAGCCACUACAGCGAGCAGCAGCCGCACUCCCCGCAGCAGCAGCAGCAGCAGCUGAGCUACAGCUCCUUCAACCUGCAGCACUACAGCUCGUCCUACCCCAGCAUCAGCCGCGCGCAGUACGAGUACGGCGAGCACCAGGGCUCCUCGGGCUCCUACUACAGCCACGCCGGGCAGGGCGGCGGGCUCUACUCCACCUUCAGCUACAUGAGCCCCACGCAGCGCCCCAUGUACACCCCCAUCGCCGACACGGCGGGGGUGCCCUCCAUCCCCCAGACGCACAGCCCGCAGCACUGGGAGCAGCCCGUCUACACGCAGCUCACCCGGCCCUAAGGGAGGGGAGGGCGCCGCCGGAAAAGGCAAAAAAGCCAGGAGAAAACGUUGAAAGAAGUCAGAAAUGCGCGAAAGCGGCGAGGACGAGUUGCCUCAGACUGAAAUCGAAAUGAUAAUUAAAAAGACGCUCACGUGGAAGCUGCGCCUCGAGCCUUCUGCACUACAGCAUCCUCCAGGACCCGCUCCCAGCCCCGAAAUUUGGGGCAGACUUGCCAAGGACUGGACUUGAACUCUGCUUCUUCCAGCGUGGAGAGGAGAUUUCCACCCAACCCGCCCAGCUGGCUCCUUCUCUGGACUUUUGUAAUGAUUUUUUUUUUUUUAGCAGUAAUUAAAAGCAAGAUAAAAAAAUAAAAAUAAAAAAAAAGAAGAAAAAAAAAGGGGGGGUAAAAGAGAAAACUCAGAGUCCUCUGUGAGGAAUAUUCUCUAUUUUAAAUAUUUUUAGUAUGUACUGUGUAUGAUUCGUUACCAAUUUGAGGGGAUUUAUACCUAUUUUUUAGAGAUUUUUUGGAAAUGCUCUUAUUUUUCCAACAGCUAAAAAAAAAUGACACUUAGUGGAGCAGCCCUAGGUUUUCUUGCAGAGGUAUUUUUGUAUAGAGAAGUGUCUUUUUUUGCUCUAAAAAUGAAACUAAACCAGCGUGCUCUGCCCUGGGAACCCAGCACUGGGGCAGGGACCAGCAUGGGAGAGGCUUUAUUUUUCUAACUCGUAGCAAAACCAGCCAGGAGGAGAACUUCACUUUAUUUUUUAAUAACCUUGAGCCUUAAAAGAAAAACAAAAAGAGGAAAAAUAAAAUUAAAAAAUCCAUGGAGCAGCCCCAAAGUGCUGCUGGAAGCCUUAAAGCAGCCCCUGAUAAUCACUGGCCCCGGGCUGGGGCCGAGCCCGACCCCUCCGGGCACCCCCUGCCCACCCCAGGGUGCCAACCCAGCCGGGGGCUCCUCUCUGCCUGGGAGCCGGCACAGAUCCUUUAAAUUAUUUAUUCGGGGAGAAGAGCAGCUUUUAAUCACCGUUUUCCUUGGGUUUUGUUGUUUUAAUCUCCCCCCAAAGUCCUUUCAGAAGCGUUGCAUUAGUGGGAGCAUUAUUUGGAAGGUGACCGUGCCUGUUAAAUUAUGGUCUGAAACUGUAACCAGUCCUUUAUUUAUCUCUUUAAUUCCUUUUGGUUGUUGUUAUUAUUAUUAUUAUUAUUCUUUUUGGAAUCUGUGUCCUGGGUUUGUACAAACUUUGUGCUCUUCCUUUUUUUUUUUUUUUUUUGUUUUGUUUUGUUUGAGGUUUUAUUUUUUUUUUUUCUUUUGCCUUCGAGGAGUAACUGGAAGAAAAAAAAAAAGAAAAAGAAAAAUGAGAUUUGUACAAACUAAAGAUUGCAAAUGUAGCGGAUCACUGAAUCAUUUGCCUUGUUUCCUGCCUCAGCUCUCUGGGACACACCAGCUCGUGCAAGGACGAGCCCCACACCCCAGCCCUGCUGCAGGGGUGGCACCGUUUUAGCCUUCAACCCCCCCAAAAACCGCCUGGGAGAGGUGGGGGGACACUGAUUUUGGUGAAGCUGUGGCUGAACAGUUAAGGAUUGCUUUUUAAAAAAGACAGCAGACUUUUUUUAUUUAAAAAAAAAUGAUAUAUUUGUUAACUUUUUUUUUUUUUUAGGGAUUCAGUAGGAGAAAAAAUCUUAAAGCACUCUUAUAAUAUGGCAUCUUUCUAUUUCUGUAUAAAAGCAGAUCUUUUUAAAGUAUUUCUGUAACUUAAAAGACCUGUCCUUUAAAUCAUAUUUUGUCUUUAGGUAAGUUUGGUUUGGUUUUGGUUACAAGAUCCUUCUCUUUGUGAAACUUACCUUUUUUUUUGUUUGUUUUGGUUUGGUUUAUUUUGUAUAUUAUUG